AAUACGGCGUCACAUAGGAAAGGGUGGAAGUUGAAGUGGGCCAAGAGCAGAUGGCCCAUGAUGUGAAGCGUCCGAAAGCCGAAAUUUAGACGCAUGGAUCCCAUAUGAAAAAGACAAAGGAAGAGCAAUGCGUGUGGACCCACAGAAAGAGAAAAAAACGAUAUUUCAGUUGGUGGAAGGAAGACAGAAUACACCACCACACGCGUCCUGACUCAGCCAUUAAACCUCUCUGCCGUCUGCUCUUCCCUCCCCAUCGGGCAAUCCCCUCCUCACCUCUCAGCCUCUCUCUCCUCUCUCUCUUUAGUUUGUUUUUUUUCUCAUUUUUAUAUCUGACGCCAUAAAUAUACUUUCUUUUUCGCUUUUUCGCUUUUUUUGGUACGCUACGAAACGGUCUUACUAAUUGAAUCUUUCUUUUCUUCUUAUUCUUCUUCUUUUCAUCUCCCACCAACAUCAACAACAACAACAAACCUUCUUAUUUUCCUUUCAGCCUUUCACUUCUUCCAUUGCCCUUUCCCAGUUCGGCAGCAGGAGGUCAUCUUGGUAGAUUGUAACUUAACAGUAGAUGCAGGGCUACGCUCAUGCUGCCAGAGAGGGGGCACAUAGUGUCGGUGAAAGUUCUAGCUCCACAUCAUGGAGUAGUCAGCAGGAUACUGAGGAUGACCGAAUGAUUGCUCUUGUACUAUCAGAAGAAUUCGCCAACCUAGAUGGUGCAGUUGCUAGACGCCUCACUAACCUGGCACCUAUUCCUCAUGUUCCACGGAUAAAUACAUAUAUACCCAACAUAAGUGAUGCCAGUAUGGAUCACCAAAGGCUUAUUCAGAGGUUAAAUGUUUAUGGUUUAUAUGAGGUGAAGGUUUCUGGAGAUGGAAAUUGUCAGUUUCGUGCACUUUCAGACCAGAUGUACAAGUCACCUGAACACCACAAACAUAUUCGAAAAGAGGUUGUGAAACAGCUGAAAGAUUACCGAUCAUUGUAUGAAGGCUAUGUCCCGAUGAAGUACAAGCGUUAUUACAAGAAAAUGGCAAAAUCUGGUGAAUGGGGGGACCAUGUUACAUUACAAGCAGCAGCCGAUAAGUUUGCAGCAAAGAUCUGCCUGUUGACAUCUUUUAGAGAUACUUGUUUUAUUGAAAUUAUGCCACAAUACCAGCCACCUAAACGUGAAUUGUGGUUAAGUUUCUGGUCUGAGGUCCACUACAAUUCACUAUAUGAAAUCCGAGAUGCCCCAAUCCCACAAAAACCAAGGAAGAAACACUGGUUGUUUUAGAGGAAGGGUGCAGACUACUGAUGUUGACACAAAAAUUGGGAUUUUUUUUUUUAAACUAGUGUUGUGUAUAUUGUUGCUUGUAUCAUAUGUUUUAUUUUUGAUUAUUUUAUUAUCAUUAUUAUUAUUAUUAAAGUCAA